UGCGUCAGAUAUCAGUGUGUUAGUCUGUACCAUUAAUUCCCCUAUUAUAAAAGGUCCAAUUGCACUAAUGGACAUUUCACAUUCAUAAAAAGCAGGAAAAGGUUGAAAUUUCUGACAUCAGUGAAGCAGAAUUUGGGAAGUAAUUCGAUUUUUUUUUUUUUUUUUAACUUAUUAUCAGAAGAGUUGCCACUCUUUAUUCCCUGCUGCAAUGACCCAUUUUCCCCAUGGGGACCAUUAAUGUUUAAUCUGAUACAAUCUAACCUAACCGUGAAGAAAUGGAGCACUUGAAGAGAGGGAAAGCAGGGGGCGGGGUUGGACGGUGCAUGUUAACACAGACACUUGUAGUGAAGUAGAGGAGUGUAGGCUUUUUCGUUGUUUUCGUUUUUUUUAAAGGGCCUUCCAGAUGGCACGUCGACUGGAAGGAUCCGGAGAAACCGGCCCCUAAUGAAUGGGAGGGAGAAUCACCUGAGGGGACAAGAAACAUCAAAGAAAGCUUUCUCUCACCUUCCUACCCUCCAACAGGCUCUUUUAAUCCUGACUUUUUCCUCUCUCUGCUUCAUUUUCUCCUUGCAGCAUGUAUCUCAUCUACUCGCUUAAUAGUUCCCCUCGAGUUAUCUGAGGAUAUAGUUGUCAAACUCACCACCCACUUUCUUUUCCCACUCGUUUUCAAAUUUUAUCUUAAUUAAUCUCUCCUCCUCUCCUCUCCUUUCCUUUCCUCUCCUCUGCUGUCCUUCCCUAGAGGAUGUUCCCCAAUUUUCCAGUAAGAUAGCCAGAGGGCAGGUUCAGACAGCACUGUGUGAAAAGAAGAUAUUCAGUGAGGCCAACAAGCACACAAACACAUUAACAUCCCUGCCCUGCACGGUAACAAGUAUACCACUCGGCAGAGGCUGCAGAGCUAGGAUGAAGGAGAGGCAGACAGUAUGGAGCAGAGUUUAAGCAUGCAUGCUUCUGUGGUUUGUACGGUUGCUUGUAGACAUCUCAGGGGUCAGUUACUCACAGACAGUUUAUGUGUAUGGAAGGAAAGGGCCGAGGUAGGAGGAGAAGGUUGUUUUUAAAGGAUUAAUAUUCUCUCAUAUGAACGUGCUUUACAGAUGAGUAUAUGAAAUGAUGGGACUUAGAGGAAGAUUUAAAGAACGCAACAUUUUUUGCAACCACUCAUAAUUGUAUAUGGUCAGUAAAAAGCAUAGCAAUAUACUGAAUUUUCUGAUUUAUUUAUUUGCAUACAGUAGAUAAAGCUAUUGCUCCUAGCUGGCCCUGGAAGCCUGCCUGUGUUGUGAGAUUCCUAUUUUUUGCCUUCAAUAUUUAGUUUUGCUCACUGCAGCGCCAAAUGUGAUGGGAGGAGUGGGCACGGCUGCAUCUGGGUGGGUUUACUAUGAAGGGAGUUGAACACAGCCAGGCUUCCUUUGUAUUAGCUGGCUCGAAAAAUACCAGUCAGAGAUAAAAGUGGCUGCUUUGCGGGUCAUGUGGCUCUUCUUCCGCACAAAGUGAUUCCUAUGAGUGCACCCACUCCAAUCGGGGAUGACGAUGAUAAUAAAAUGGUGAUAAAAUUCUAUAAAGAACAGUAGUAACACAAAAUUAAAAUAUGACACGUUUGCAAAUAAGGUGAGAAAAAAACUGUUAAUUUGGAAUUUAAAGCACAGAGCGGUAAACAUUUUAAUUAAGUUAAUUUAUCGCUGAGCGCCCUCUCAGUGCUGCUGUUUAUUUCUGAGAUGACGACUGCUCAUUAGAGCCCUGAAACUUUAAACUGGAUCCAUUUAAACAUUAAUGGUUGUGUAUCCUGAUAACAGAGACGUUAGCUUCCCGGCACAAUAUAGGGAGAUAAAUUUUAUGACUUGAUAGACGUGUUGUGUGUUCCGGUAGCUGCAACUCCAGCAGUGUGAAAGAAGCUUAGAAGCAGAUUUUUUAAAAAAUAUAUACAUAUAAAAACAUUUAUACAUUUUCCCAGUCACCAAAUAAUACAACACACAGUUUGCACUAGUGUAACUUUCCAGCUCGGUUUAAUUUGUGACGUUAGUAAAAGCGGCUUAACAAUUUGCACAUGUAAAUGUACUCGCCCAUUAAGGAAUCGAUAUUGGACUCAACAAAUGCUGUAAAUAAAAGAAUGAAAUUAAUGCAAAGUCUGACCAUAGUUUGCUCCCUACCAGCUUAUGUGUUCACCAUAAGUUACCAGUUGGUGAUUUAGGUAAAAAGAGAGCCACAUGACACAGGAAACUCUGACUUUAAGCUAAACCAUUAAUCUUGCUUCUUAGUACACCCCUCUAGGAUUCACAUGGUAUCGUGCUUGUGACUGUUUGUGUAGGUAUUUGACUGCACCCACUGAAGGAUUCUGGGCAUGCAACCUACACAAACUUGCUUGUGUGCAGAGAAAGAAACCAACCGGAUGUAGCUCGACAUGGAUUAUAUGACGUGAAGAAAUGCAAUCUAUGAUAUGUUCAAGUUGAACGCUGAUUAUCUGAAAAGAUUAUUAUUUUUUUUUAUCAUUUUAUCUUGAAGACGUCAACUUGGAUCCGCUCUUUGAAGCUUGCCUUUCUUUCUUAUUGUGGUUUAGUAACAGUGCAAAUAGAUAAAUGAAUCACUUAAAGCACAUUUGUUAAUGAUUGAUAGCUGAUUUAAAAAAAAAAAAAAAAAAGUCCACUAGGUUCACCAGUGUAUGAAUGUGUGUGUGAAUGGGUGGAUGACUGGAUGUGUAAAGCGCUAUACAAAUACAGGCCAUUUACCAUUUUUACAAGAAACAGUCGAUCAGUCACAAUCCAUACAGUUAUCUCCAGAGAAGUUGCCGGCUGGGUGGCAAAUUUGAUUGGCUGACUGGCCAAAAAAACAAAAAAACCAACAAGAGCUCUGCUGGAGGACAGUUUAUGCAUCAGAAACUGUUCAGUAAUCAAAAAAAUUUUUAUAGAUUGUUUUGAGAGAUAUUGCCGUCUGUUAAAAUAACAAACCUCGGAAAUAUUGGAAAGUCUGGCGCUUGACUGUUUUUGUGUGCAGCCGGCAUUCUCUGUUUUCUCAGAUUACACUGUGCUCACCUUUGUUCUAGAUUGUAUUAUUGUUAAUUUAAAAAACAAAAACAACUUUGCUCACCUUUUCCCGUGCUGCAACACAUAUUUUGGACACUGCCCUCUAGUGACAAUUAAUAGCUGAAACAUGUAGACAACAGUUGCGUGCAGGCUCUGUGUAGACAAUCACAUGGGUGUGAUUGUAGAGGCAGAGCUGGACUUGACCAGAGGCUCUGCAGCCCCUCCUGAUAUGUCAAGUCAUUACACUCAAGCUGUGACCUCUGAAGUCACGGGAAGUGGCAUAAUUUGCAGUUCCCUAAAGGUGAGUGGGUUAUAAUCUUCAGUGUUUAAAUGACGGCGUGUUUGGAGCCUGUUACAAAACCAGUUUUGAUAUGAUAAAUAGGCAUGAAAAAACAUGCAAAGACAGAAACCCCCCAGCAUUUGAUUCAAACCCAGGACCUUUUUACUGUGAGGCAACAGUGGUAACGACUCCACCACUGUGCCUCCCUACGUCUAGCCCGCUUCUUUAAAUUGUUUUAAGGUUUAAAAUGAAUGCAUAACUCAGGGCGCGGCCACUUUGAAUAAUUCACGAGUGCCAUUUUUCUUUGUUUGGGGUUUUGUUUUUGAGCUGCUUCCUAUUUGCCAAAAUUAGCAUUGCACAGUGAAGGACAGAUAAAGGAACUAAGCUAGAAAGCCAGUGCUGUCAUGAGCUGAGAGCAUGAAAAUAUGGUCACAUCUACUUUCCAAACCCAACAUGGCACUAGGCAAAACAGCUGGGCUUAAGAUGGGAGUCCACAAACUGUGGGGUGACGUCACUUUGGCGACAUCUAUCUUUCUCUCAUAAUCAUGCAAUCUGUGCUGGCAUUCCUUUUAUAUCUUCAGUCUGGCGCUGCCACCAUCCCCACUGAUGUCUGUGGGGGAGUAUAAACAAGCACAUCUUGAAAACAGCUGAAUGCGAAGUAGGGAAAACAGCUUUGGAAAAAAAACAAACAGAUGACUACUGAGGAUUAGAGUUCUAUGAAUUUUUUUUCUUCUUUCUUUCUGCAUCAGUCGCAUUUGUAUAGGGGACUAUUUGGCUGAGCAUUCGGAUACUGGAAGGAGGACAGGAAGAGGACAACAUGGACUUAGUGGGAGAGUCAGAGCAAACAGAUGAGUCACUUAUGAGUGACAGAUGAUGCAACAGUGUCUGGAACAGUUUCUUCUCACAGACCAUGGAGCUAAUUGGACCAAGAGAAAGGACGAAAGUGUUUUUUCACAAGUGUCUGCCUUUUUUCUUUUUUUUCCUUUAUUUUGCCAGUGACACAACAGUCUCAGGCAGUUGGGAACCAAUGACCUAAUUCAAAUUAAAUGACCUCACACUGAUAUGUAGCCCGCCUCCUCACCGGGUGAUGGAACAUAAACACAAGUCAGACAUCAUUAAGGCCAGAGUGUGUGAGGUUACAUGAUACCUCUGUGGGUUUAACCAGGAGGAGUGAGUUUUGAUGUUGCGUGCAGUGAUGUUACGGCGCGGACUACUGUUGUGGGUGUCCCGUGUCGGGGGGCUUAUGGUGCUCCUCUGCUGCUCACUUUCGCUCCUUUAUGUGAUGAGAUGCAGCCCGCCAUACUCUAAUGACCCUCCACUGAGUCAUAUAUUACCCCACGCUGGAUCUAAUCAUCCCAGCUUGGGAGGCACGAGGCCGGAGAUCGGAGCGGGAGCCGCUGGGGUCGGAGGAGCUGGGCCUGCCCACAGCGGCGGUCCUCCGAGUGCCCACUCUUACCAGGUGCUCCUCCAAGAACGUGAGGAGCAGCACCGCCUCCACAUCUCCUCCUUGAAGAAACAGAUAGCUCAGUUGAAAGAGGCAUUGCAGGAGCGCAGUCAGCAGUUGAAAGGAGUACAGGAAAGCCUGAAAAGAGCCAAUGGAGGCCCAGCAGAGGGGCAGGAAGGAGGCGCUGCCUCACAAGGAGGUGGUGUUGGAGAAGCUCAGGUAGCCAAGAGCCAGCCGGCGGACCUACAGGAGUUCCUGAAGGCCCAGCUGUCAAAAGCUGAGGUGACCUUCGGCAUCAGGUUGCCCAGCGAGUACGCUGUAGUGCCAUUUGAGAGCUUCACCCUGCAAAGAGUAUACCAGCUGGAGAUGGGGCUGACGCGUCAUCCGGAGGAGAAGCCUGUGAGAAAGGACAAACGAGAGGAGCUUGCGGAGGUCCUAGAGACUGCUCUGCAUAGCCUCAAUACGCCUUCAUCUGAGCAGGACCGCAGGAGUGCAGCGGAAAAGGCCCAAGCUAGCAAAGUCUACACACCAUCUGACUUCAUAGAAGGUAUCACGCGUACAGAAAAGGACAAAGGUACGUUGUACGAGCUGACCUUCAGAGGGGAGUCAAGUAAUGAAUUCAGACGCCUGGUCCUCUUCCGGCCCUUCGGACCACUCCUGAAGGUGAAAAACGAGAGGGUGGACACAACCAAUGUGCUCAUCAACAUCAUCGUCCCGCUCUCCCGACGCACGGACAAGUUCAAGCAGUUCAUGCACAACUUCAGGGAAGUCUGCGUGCGUCAGGACGGCCGGGUCCAUCUGACGGUGGUGUAUUUUGGGAUAGAGCAGAUGAGCGAAGUCCAGAGCACUCUGGAGAACACAUCCAGGGAAGCAAAUUUUAAGAACUACACGCUGAUGCAGCUGGAUGAGGAGUUCUCUCGGGGGCGGGGUCUGGACAUCGGCGCCCGAGCUUGGAAGGGAGGCAACGUGUUACUUUUCUUCUGCGACGUGGACAUCUACUUCACCGCCGACUUCCUCAACACCUGCCGACUCAAUGCACAGCCUGGUAAAAAGGUCUUCUACCCGGUGUUAUUCAGCCAGUACAACCCCAGUGUGAUCUAUGGAAGUCCCGAUCGUAUCCCAGCAGUAGAACAACAGCUGGUGAUCAAGAAAGACACGGGCUUCUGGAGGGAUUUCGGUUUCGGCAUGACCUGCCAGUACAGGUCCGACUUCCUCAACAUCGGAGGUUUUGACAUCGACAUCAAAGGCUGGGGCGGCGAAGAUGUUCACCUCUACAGGAAGUACCUCCACAGCAACCUUCUGGUGGUUCGAGCGCCGUCGCGAGGUUUGUUCCACCUGUGGCACGAGAAGCACUGCGCCGACGAGCUCCCGCCCGACCAGUACCGCAUGUGCAUGCAGUCCAAGGCCAUGAACGAGGCCUCGCACGGCCAGCUGGGGAUGCUCUUCUUCAGGCACGAGAUUGAAGCUCACCUCCGCAAGCAGAAACUGCAGCAAAACUCGAACACUAAGAAGACUUGAAUGCUGGAGUCAGCAGCUGAAUUACGGUGGCUCUCUGUGCAAUCGGAGCUGGUGAACCCAGCUGAUCUGAACUUUAUGCUUUAAGCGGAUUGCUGUGAAAUGCUCCUGUUUGCUGUCUUGCUGAGAACUAUUGAGAUGGUCUACCCGGGAAAAUCCCUCCCUGUCUUGUUGGGUUAUGCUGACCUGUAAAAAAAAAAAGGUUUUUUUGUUCAUCUUUUGGUUGGGUCUGUCUAGUUCUCUUUUACCUGCAUUUCCAGUCUUUGCACUAGGCUAAUGCAGGCUUAAGUCUGUCUUGUCAUCUAACUCACACCUAGAAAACAAACACGUGGUUACCAAAAUCUAAAGCUUCUCCUUUUAAUGACAAGAUGUGAGGACUUUGUUUUUAAGGACUCAACAGAACAGAAACUGUUUUGUCUGCGCAUCUUCACUGUUGAAGUGGAGAGUCGGACACUUCCUGCAGCAUCCAUCUGUACUGUAAGGUGCUUUUCAGCGCUCUCCAGAAGAAAACGUGGAGCCUAAAAUUUUGAGCUUUAAGUUGACUGUGAACUGCGUGCCUUCUGUGAAUAACUCCUGAACACUGUCUGCUCUGGAUGGUCAGUAAAACUAAGUGAUCCUUCCUGCAGGUUUUAUAUAAAUUGGGGAACACUGCCACCUAGUGGGUGGGGGUUGAAUAACGUGCUUGUGAACAAUUAAGGACUUUUAUAAAGCCUUAAAUGGUCUUAUAGGUUGUUUUUAAUAUAUACAUAUAAAUUAUUGUUUAUUGGUCUUCUUUGUUUUAUUAAUAUUUUUAAUUUUUGUAAAUGCUACAAGCUUCAGGCAGUGUUUGGUGUAGGCGUUUCACUUUUGUAGUGAAGUGAGAGUAUAACAUGAAUCACUUAAUUUCUGGGUGUUUCCCAAAAAGUGUGGCAUAUACAGAUGGGUUAGAAAUGACAGGAAAACCCAACACAAAGUUAUGAAUCUUAGUAAGUUAAUUGACUGCCAGUUGUCAGGUGUCUGUCUGUCUCACACAUUGGUCCAAAAUAUGUGUUUGAGCAGGCUGAGAUUUGGAGACUUUGAACCCUCGUGUCCUGUAGACAGGGGGAUUGUAAUCACAUCUGGAUAGACAUGUUUCAUUAAGCGAUUGAAGGUGGUGCGCUGGCUUGCAGCAAGAUUUUCCUCUAAGUAGGGAUGAGUGGACCAUUAGGCGUGAGGUUGAAAUGCCCGUCACAACAUAAAAUCACUAAAUCCCCUCGCUGUGGGGUUCUAGCAUUCAGGCCUGUACCGGUUUUUGAUGCCAGACAUGAGAAUGGGAUCAAGGAUGACUCAUCCGGCCAUGGCACUUAUUUCCACGUUUCUGACAAAUAGUGCUUUAGUGGGUUUGUCCACAAAAAGUUCAGCUGUGCAUUCAUUUUGAUACAAACCACAGCAGCAUCUCUGUCUGUGUAGCUGAUGAUGGAUUGUUAUGCUGAUGUCGUCAGAUCGCUGACACUCUGCCACCUGAGGAAGAGUCGCUCCGUUUGUCUUGCACACAUCAAAUAUGCGCCAUCAGUUGUUGUUUUUAAACCUACCCACUGAUUUGUUUUCCCACUCGGCUAAAUGCAGAUGUCACUUUAGUCACUGUUCCCUGUGAAACACCAGCGAGUCGAGCAGUCUCAGCGACCAAAGCUUCCUUUCUUCUUCAUGCAAAAGCGAAAUCAACUGGACCUGCCCACCAUCUUUUAAUUUGUAACCCAUCUUUACAUAUUUAUGCCCACAGUGUGACUAAAGAUCACUUCCUUUUUAAAUAUUUAAAUUAAGAUAGAUGUGAACAUGUAGGCUACUUUGUGUUUUCAUUUACUUAAUUUGCGGCCACAUAAAUUAAUGUGAUAAAAUGUAAAUGUAAAUUAUUGACGAUGACUCAGAAAGUCAGAACGGGACUUUUAAUCUUAAGGUUUUUAUUCCACGUGACUCAAAUGUGACAAAGAUAUGAAAACUUGCCAGUGCAAUACUAAAGAAGAAAUGUGACAUUACACAUGUUUGAGUGUAGUCACAGAGAUACACAGAGAUACUUGACUUGUCUUUUGUGUUUCAUUUUACACAAAAUCACAUUCUUCUGUGUGGAAGUCAUUCAGAUGAUCCUUUUAUAUUUGAUUCUUUUAUGUUCAAGAUAUUUCUUUCACUCCAUGUAAAUGAGCUAAAUAAACAUUUGUUUAUACUUUAUGACUUUGCUUAUGUCAUAUUCUGUAGUUAUCAAAUCCAGUAUAACUAUAAGAUGGUUUGCAUUACAGAAAAUAUUCUUUUUUUCUACUUUCAACCGUAUUUUGACACGUGUAAUAACACAGACAUGUUCAUCUCUGUUUAGUUUUCUUUCUUUCUUAUGUGUUAACUCUUGAUCCAAAAUGUCCAGUACAAAUACAUUUUUAAAAAGUAAAAACAAAAAUGUUAAACAAAGAAUAUAUUAUUACAGGAUAAUACCAAAUAAUGCUAUUUA